GUGAUCUGUGGUAGGUUAUCUAUGGCGGUAGAUGAUGUUGGAUGUUGUGUCAUUGUUCUGGAUUCCAGGUUUAUAAAAUAAGCCAUUGAUAUUAAUGUAAAAGAAUGGCUGAAAGUAGACCAAUAGAAGGAAAUGAAAGCGACAAAAGGACUCUGGGAAUAGAAAACAUAGGUUCAUCAAUUCUUGAAUGUGCAGUGUGCUUGCAGUCCUGUGUUCAUCCUGCACAAUUGCCCUGUGGACAUAUUUUUUGCUUUUUGUGCGUAAAGGGUGUGGCAAAUCAAAGCAAGAAAUGUGCAAUGUGUCGUCAUGAAAUUCCAGCAGAUUAUUUUGAAAAGCCUGUCCUAGUAGCACAAAAUAAUACAGAAAAAGACAUUGCUGAACUUGAUGAUGGCUAUCAGUGGUUUUAUGAAGGAAGAAAUGGCUGGUGGCAAUAUGAUGAGCGCACAAGUCGAGAACUGGAGGCAGCCUAUAAGAAAGGAGAAAGGAUGUGUGAACUUCUUGUGGCAGGUUUGCUGUACAUUGCCGAUUUUGAUGCAAUGCUUCAGAUACGACGAAAUGAUCCUUCUCGUCGCCGACGUAUCAAACGUGACCUAUCCACAAUUCCAAAGAAAGGUGUUGCUGGUUUGAGAUUCGAAGGCUACCAGCAGGCAACAGAAGACCAAGUGGAAGAGGAAGUCCGGCCAAAGAGUCCUGUUCUUCAAGUUACUGCUGAUGGAGCCAUGACUCCUACCCCAGUUCCACCAACAAACACACCCCAGACUCCAGCUGGUGGAGCUGUCAGUGGAGAUACAACACCAGAUCGACAAGAGUCGCUUCACAGGGCUGUUGAACAGAUCAGAUCCCUGAGCCUCAGAGACGAUGUCAGUGCUUCAGAUGGUAGUGAUGAAGAUGAAAGAGGGAGUGGGGAUGAGCACCAAGAACUGCCAGACUUUUCUGGGGUUGUACCUUCACCAUGGGUGCUUACCUUUUCCUCAGAUGAGGAUCAGUUGUGAUUUGUUUUCACAUUGUUAUUGACUAAUAUCUUCUUGAAAAAUUUGUAGCAUGUUUUAAAAUGCUGGCCCAAACUAAUUUUUAGUGUAGACAUGUAAUUAAAAUUGUCAUAGCCAUCUAACUUCAAGAGAGAGAUAAUUUUUGUUUGCUGUGAUUAAAAAUUGCAUUUUUAUGUCAUGAUAUGCCAUGUUUUAUACACCAGUAAACAUCAUGUCUUAGUGGUAAUGUUUGGUUGUAACAUUGUGUUGUAGGUGUAACCAACUACUGAUAGAAAUUGUUGCUGGUAUUAGGUCAGGGUGUAUUAAAUUUUUAAUGCAGUACUUGUCUUGAGGAUAAUGGACUUUGCACACUAAGUUCAAUGUAAUCAGUAAUACGAGCAUGGCACACUUUUGAGAUGCGAUCAGCAGUAGUGUCACUUACUGCAGGUUCAUACAUGGAUGUGCAGUAAUAGAGUUUUGAAAAAAUUUGUUGCUUGGGUGCAGUAAUUUUUUGUAUAAUGUAAAGCAACAAGAUGGCAUCUGCAUGAAAAAUAAAAAUUGACUUGAUGAGGAUACCAUAUUUGCUGUAUGUUAUUUUAAACUGGUGAACAGAAAGUUACAGGAAACAAAAUAUGGUAAAUAGGAAGCCUGUCUCACUUAUGCAUUGCUGUUUUUACUACAAAUUUCCACACUAAGCUGGACUGCAUUGUCAUUUGUAUUGUUAUGGUGAAUUUGUUGGUUGGCUGGAUUCAUACUUUUGUGUGUUUACAGUGCAUGGCAUCACAGAGACAUCUCAGUGCUUGUAAAUUGAGAUGGUAUUUAAUGUGAUCUUGUAGAGCAAACUCACAGUGCCACUUGUAAUUUCAGAAAUCAAUCAGCAUUCAUUUUGGUUUGCAGCACACUUGGUUGCAGAAAGGAAAGUUAGUUCCAUUAUGUUGACUGCAGUUUCAUUUCAAUGCAAUAUCAAUAAACCAGUUUCUUCACCUA